AUGUAUCACAACUUUCCUGGACACCACUGCAAAUUCCGAUAUACAACGGACGAUACGGGUCCGCGAAGCAUAUGCGAAGCGAUCGAGGCGCUUGGCUUUCAGGCCAAGCUCCUCAGCGGACGAGACAAGAUGGCGCACAAUUAUCUGGAACACAAGGAGGAGAUAAGAAAAUGGCGGAACGCGUUCCUCAUCUCACUUAUCUUUGGCGGGCCGUGCAUGGUGGCCAUGAUCUACUUCAUGCUGGAAAUGAGCGACAAGGGUCAUGCGAACAUGUGCUGCCUCGUGCCUGGGCUAUCCAUGGAAAAUCUGGUCAUGUUCUUGUUGUCGACGCCCGUACAGUUCUUUGGCGGCUAUCACUUCUAUGUGCAAUCGUACCGCGCCAUCAAACAUGGCACCACCAACAUGGAUGUGCUCAUCUCAAUGGUGACGACGAUCUCGUAUGUCUACUCCGUGGCUGUGGUGAUAGCAGCAGUGCUGAUGGAGCAGAAUAGCUCGCCUCUUACCUUCUUCGAUACGCCGCCGAUGCUGCUGAUCUUCAUUUCGCUUGGUCGCUGGCUGGAGCACAUAGCCAAGGGCAAGACAUCGGAGGCACUGUCCAAGCUGCUCUCACUAAAAGCAGCAGAUGCGCUGCUCGUGGAGAUCUCGGCCGACUUUGAUAUAAUCAGUGAGAAGACAAUAUCCGUAGACUAUGUUCAGCGCGGAGAUGUGCUGAAGGUGAUACCCGGUGCCAAGGUACCCGUCGAUGGCAAAGUGCUCUUUGGCCAUUCGAGCUGCGAUGAAUCCCUCAUCACGGGCGAGUCGAUGCCGGUGGCUAAGCGCAAGGGCGCCGUUGUCAUUGGCGGCUCCAUCAAUCGGAACGGCGUGCUUCUCGUUGAGGCCACGCACACUGGCGAGAAUACGACGCUGGCGCAGAUUGUGCGACUCGUCGAGGAGGCACAAACAUCGAAGGCUCCCAUACAACAGUUAGCGGAUCGCAUUGCCGGUUACUUUGUGCCCUUUGUGGUGGCCAUAUCGACCAUAACGCUCAUCGGAUGGAUUAUAGCCGGCUUUGUCAAUCCCGAUCUGGUGCCAGUAGCCAUGGAGCAUAAGAUGCACAUGGAUCGCAAUACGAUUGUCAUUAGCUACGCAUUCAAGUGUGCUCUCAGCGUGUUGGCCAUUGCCUGCCCAUGUGCCUUAGGCCUGGCCACGCCCACAGCGGUUAUGGUGGCCACUGGCACGGGCGCAACGAACGGUGUGCUGGUUAAAGGUGCCACAGCACUGGAAAAUGCCCACAAGGUCAAGACAGUUGUCUUUGAUAAGACGGGCACCAUUACGCAUGGCACUCCGAUGACCAGCCGGGUAACGUUGUUUGUGCCGCCGCAGGUGUGCAGCCUGGCCCGCGCCUUGACCAUCAUUGGCGCUGCGGAGCAGAACAGUGAACAUCCCAUUGCCUCAGCCAUUGUACACUUUGCCAAGGACAUGCUAAAUGUGCAGAAUAGUUUUGGCAAGAGCUCAAAUUUUCAGGCGGUGCCCGGCUGUGGCAUUCAGGCCACCGUCUCCAACUAUGAGCAGGCAUUGCGGCAGGCUUGCAAUGCGGAGCGAAUUAUCAACUAUGAGAAUCUGUGGCGCACUCAUCCACACACUGCAAUCGCCGUAGACAACGGCGCCAGCAUCGAUUAUUUGCAGCUGCAGGAGAAAAUCAUCGAACAGCAGCUGCUCGCCUUGGAUGGGGCCCUCGAUCUGGAACAGCGCCAGCAGCAUCCACAGUUCGAACAGCACCAACAGCCACUGAUCGAUGGACCCGAGAUUCAUGUGCUCAUCGGCAAUCGCGAAUGGAUGCAACGUAAUUGCAUCGAGGUGCCACUGGAGAUUAGCGAUUGCAUGACGCACGAGGAGCACAAAGGGCACACGGCCGUCCUAUGCGCCCUCAAUGGCCAGCUGGUUUGCAUGUUUGCUGUCGCCGACAUGGUCAAGCCGGAGGCUCACCUGGCGGUCUAUACACUGAAGCGCAUGGGCAUCGAUGUGGUUCUGCUGACGGGCGACAACAAGAAUACAGCAGCAAGCAUUGCUCGUGAGGUGGGCAUACGCACAGUCUAUGCGGAAGUGCUGCCCUCGCAUAAAGUAGCGAAAAUCCAACGGAUCCAACAGCGUGGCAUACGCGUUGCCAUGGUGGGCGAUGGUGUCAACGAUAGCCCCGCUUUGGCACAAGCCGACGUGGGCAUCACCAUAGCAGCGGGCACAGAUGUGGCUGCCGAGGCAGCGGACAUUGUGCUGAUGCGUAACGAUCUCUUGGAUGUGGUUGCCUGCUUAGACCUGUCCCGGUGCACAGUGCGUCGCAUACGCUACAAUUUCCUAUUUGCCAGCAUGUACAAUCUGCUGGGCAUACCCCUGGCUAGCGGGUUGUUUGCGCCCUUUGGCUUUACGCUCCAGCCCUGGAUGGCCUCGGUGGCCAUGGCCGCCAGUUCGGUGAGCGUUGUCUGCUCGUCGCUGCUCCUCAAAAUGUAUCGCAAGCCAACGGCCAAGACGUUGCGCACCUCCGAAUACGAAGCUCAACUGGCCGCAGAGCGUGCCAAACGUUAUGGCUCCGAUUCGGAACUUGACAAGUUGUCGCUGCAUCGCGGCCUUGACGAUCUGCCCGAGAUCAUGAACGGCAAACGAAUGGCCGCUUUCAAGCGUUCCAAUACCUCGCUUAUCUCGCGCAUCUUUGGCGCCAAUGGCAAUGGCAAUACCAAGCACGAGGAGGGACUGCUCCAGGAUGCCAACGAGCGUACGCCGAGGAUACUGCAGUCGCGCUACCUAGUCGACACCACAGAGCUGCAAAAACUGUAAAAUACCCUAAAUUUACCGUUGCACACAACUAGAAAUCUGUAUAUAAGCAAAAGAAAAUAUCUAAAG